CAGAGCAGUCUCUCUGGGCACUCUCUCUGGCAAGAUCACUGCUGUCCUCUCUUCCUCCACCACUGGCCUCUUUUUCAGUUUCCUCCUUCCUCAGCUCUCUUGUGCUUUUCAUCCACGACUCGCCCUGUGGAUUUCUUCCCCUCCCUUCUCUCUCGCUCUCUCUCUCUCUCUCUCUCUCUCUCCCCGGGAAAACCUUUGCAGAGCGGAGUGGCGCUGUCGUGACUCGCCGGCUGCCACUGCAAGGGAAGGAGAGAACGGGAGGAAGAAGAGAAAGGGAGAGAAGCUGAGACAAACCAAUCGAUUACUCUGAUACAGAAGUGAGAGAACGGCACCGGGAGAGACGAGGCGAGGCAGUAGCAGCGUUUUUUUUUCCGCACUCGUUUGGGUCUUCUCCGACUUGUAUGGGAGUCUUCUGAAACAUUUGUUUCUCAUCCUUCCCUCGGAUAGACGGACAGCUAAUUGAAGGGACAGCUGGUGCAGUUUGACACAUAGAGGACUCCUCUCCAGUAACAUUUGGGACUUGCGAAGGAGGACCACUUUUGAACUAGAACUUCAAUGUUUGCCAAAUAAUCAAUCUCUAUUCUGAAUGAUAAUGCUGGACACCAACCACUGCCUGUCCUUUGAACCCUCCCCUCCCGGAUCUCCUCCAAUAGGAGAAGACAUGGAGAAGGCAUUGCUGCUGAUGGAUCAUGACAGACAUGUCUAUCACAGCCUGAAAGAAGUCCUCCAGCUCAAACUCCAGCAGAGACGCACACGAGAGGAACUGGUCAGCCAAGGGAUCAUGCCACCACUGAAGAGCCCGGCAGCCUUUCACGAACAGCGGAGGAGUCUGGAGCGAGCAAGGACCGAGGACUAUCUGAAGAGGAAGAUCCGGAGCCGUCCUGAGCGCUCCGAGCUGGUCAGGAUGCACAUUCUGGAGGUGUCCAACGCAGAGACGUCGGCAGAGCCGUCCCUGCAGGCCAAGCAGCUGCAGCUGAAGAGAGCGCGACUGGCCGACGACCUCAACGACAAGAUCUCCCACAGACCAGGUCCCAUCGAACUGGUUCACAAGAACAUCCUGUCCGUCAGCUGCCCUGUGCACUCCCCACUGGAUUCUCCAAAGGGAGCUGGAGGAGAGAGCUCGUCUUUAGAUGAAGACAGCAGUGAUGCUCUGUCACCAGACCAGCUCACCAACCACGACUCUCCUCUGAGCGCCGUCCCUCAGCUGUCCCCCUCUGACGCUCUCACCCAGAACGGGGACAUGUCCCCCCCACAGUUCAUCACGCAGUCCCCUCCCCCGCCACCUCCACCACCUCCUCCCCAAGUGAAUGGGUCAGACUCCUCCCCAUUCUCAAAAGUGACAAAUGGGAUGACAGUGACCUCGGCGAACUCCCGCGCCUCUACUGGACAGGUCAAGCAUUCUCAGGCUAAGACGAGUUCAGACCGUCCUCCGCAGAGAUCUAAGAAACCAAAGGACAGCAAACCCAAGGUGAAGAAGCUGAAGUACCACCAGUACAUCCCUCCCGACCAGAAGGCAGACAAAGAGCGCCCGCCCCAGAUGGACUCGUCCUACGCGAAGCUCCUCCAUCAGCAGCAGCUCUUUUUGCAGCUGCAGAUCCUCAACCAGCAACAGCAGCACUACAACUACCACACCAUCCUGCCCGCCCCUCCCAAGCCACCAAGUGACCAGCCUCCCACAACCAACUCUGGGCCUUCCCCCUCCCGUAGUCUUCCUGCAACAACCACCCCAGCCCCGUCCAAUCAGAGCGGGACUGCCCGUCAGAGCCAAACUGCAAUGGGAGGAGCCAAACCAAGCACUCUGCCGGCCAACCUGGAUGAGUUCAAAGUCGCUGAGCUGAAACAGGAACUGAAAUUGCGUGGUCUGACCGUCUCAGGCACCAAGAAUGAUCUUAUUGAGAGGCUCCGCAACUACCAAGAGCAAAAUGUCACCACCACAGCGGGUUUGAAAAAUGGCAUCCCGCAGGCAAGCCAGCAGGGCGCGACCUCAGCUGCUAAUACAUCCUCUCCGACCACAGCGACCACAUCAGACCACCAAUCGGGGGAGGGUGGGUUUAAGUUAGCUUUGUCAUCAUUGGCUCAGGUGGUUCCAGGGCGUGUCAUGCGAUUCGGCAGCACCAGCUCCAGCCCUCCAGUGUCCCCUACUCCGUCUGAGAGGUCGCUGGCCGGUAUGAGUCCAGACGAGACCAGCUGUAAUGGAGACAUGUUCGGAGAGAUGGUAAGCUCCCCUCUGACCCAGCUCACCCUGCACCCAUCUCCUCAGCACCCAUCAAAUGUCCCCUCGCUCUCACAGUCUCUAUCCAAAGUCAAAGAGGAGAUCCAGAGCUCAUGCAGCCUUUCCAGGCCUUCACCAGCCUCAUGUCAGCCUCAAGAGCCCCUGCCUGGAGCAGCCAUGGACACCAUGGACAAGGACCAGAUGCUCCAGGAGAAGGACAAACAGAUUGAGGAGUUGACAAGGAUGCUGAGGCAGAAGCAGAGGCUGGUGGAGACCCUCAGGUCCCAGUUGGAGCAGGGCAAGAUGGCAGGUGGACUAGUGUUGGAGAAAGAAGGAAGUGACAAGAGCAAAACCUCUCCAGAGUUUAAACUUCAAACCCUGAUAAAAGCCUCCGCCAUUCAGCCUCCCAUUCUCCCUAACGGCAUUGUAGUGAAGGUGAAGAAGGAGGUGGAGCCAGAGGAGGGGAUGGAAGGAGUAACAGAGGAGGCUCAAGCAAAGAAACCGGCCCAGCCAAUGCAGUGCUCUCAGGAGACUCUGCUCAGGCUGCAGCAGAUUCACCGGCUGCAGGUUCAGCAAGCCGAACAGCAGAAACAAACACCACAGCAGAGUCAGGUGCAAAUUCCUAAAGUGGCAGAGGUUAAGUUGACCCCUCAAAAACUACAACAGCAGAAGAAAGAAGCCCAGAUCCUGCUCCACCAGCAGCAGCAACUGCAGCAGCUUAUCAUCCAGCAGACCCAACAGAAGCAGCUCCAGGCGCAGCAGAAGUUAGCACAACAGAAGCUCGCCCAACAGAGACUCAGUCAGCAGAAGCUGGUGCAGCAGAACCAGCUCAAACAAACUCAAGUACAAGUUCAGCAGAGCCAGCAGAAGAAUCCAGUUCAGUUGAAGCAGGUUCAGGUGCAGAUCCAGAAGACUGCAGUGAACCAAACCCAGCAGAGGAAGCAACUAAAGGCUCACCAGAGGCAGCAACAAAGACAGCAGACGGCAGCUGUCACCACACAACAGGUGGCUCCGGUCUUUAUCAAUCAACAGAACGGCACUCAGAUCCACACUCAGGCCAUUUCAUUAGACCUCCUCAAGGCAAAUGGCACACCGACACUGGUCACCGACAGCAACGGCAACCACUACCUGAUCGCUCUCACCAGUAACACCACAGACGGACAGAACGGAGUCUCCUCAGUAGCCAAAACCAACGGACGCAUCACGCUGCAGAGAUUGCAGUCGACUCCAAGUAAACUCCCCAGCACGGACAGCCAAUCAAAAGAGCAGCCAGAGGCAGAGCCUGUGAGCCAACCAAUCAAAAAGGGACAGAAGGCGGCGCUGCAUCUGGACACCAAUGGUGUGCCACAACCAAGCCAGUCAGUCACUGCUCCGCCCAAUCUGCAGCCUUUCUUUGACGACAUGUCAGACAGCGAAAGCCAAAGCAACUUCUCGUCUCUUAAGAGAGAGGAGGUGUGUCCGCCUUACGACCGGCACACACUGUUCACCCCUCCCUCUCCCAAACCCAACACCUCCCUUUCUGCUCAGCGCUCCAAACAGGAGAACGGCAUGAACAGUCAGCAGAUGGACGACCUGUUUGACAUCCUGCUCAAGAGCGGAGAAAUCCCCGGCUUCAAGGCCAACCCAGACCCUUCCCUCGCCCCUCUCCACUCUAACCCACCGUCCCCGUCUUCUCCCCCAUCGCCCCUCCACCUCUCCCCUCCCACCCCUACGGAGCCCCUCGUCUCCCCUCAGCCUUCUGCGGGAGAGCCCUGCACAGGCAGCGGACGCCUUGAAGACUUCCUGGAGAGCACCACGGGUGCCCCACUGCUGGGCGUGGAGCCCGACGGCGGCCUGACGCUGAUCGACGACCUUCACAGCCAAAUGCUGAGCACGCCCAGCAUCCUGGACCACCCUCCCUCCCCAAUGGACACGUCCGACCUGGGCUUCUCCCCGCACUCAACAGGGCUGGACUUCGGCGACCCCACACUGGACAGCAUGGACUGGCUGGAUAUCUCCAUGGUGGGGAGCGCCAGCGGAGGGAGCGGCGGAGGAGGGAGAGGAGGUGGCGGGGGAGCUGGCGACGGGGGUACGAGCCUCGCCCCGCUGGCACCGCACACACCGCCGAGCGUCUUCUCCACCGAUUUUCUGGACAGCACGGACCUGCAGCUGCACUGGGAGUCGUGCCUGUAGCCCCGCACACACACACACACACACAUGGACACGCGCUGGCUCACACUGUGUACAGGCUCCGUCUUUAUUUCAUGCACAUACAGAAACCUUUUCUAUGCUGUCUCUACCACUGCGGGGGUCACUGGCACAUCAGACACACACACAUUUACACAGUUUGCCCUGUCUUUCACUGGCUGUUACAAAGAGAAAAAACCUAGAGAUGAAAUUUAUAGAGAGGACUUGAACUAUUGAUUUAUUUCUAUGCGGCUCCACACAACAGACUAUUUCCUGUGUCCUGACCUGCAUUAUAUCCAGGUUAAAGUGAACCAGCAGCUUUAGGUCACUGUAAUUCAGCAUUUCAACCCUUGGAAACAGAUCAGAGCAGAGCAGGGAUCGUCAGUGACGUUUACACAGGCUCCCUGAGAUAGCAGAGUGUGUGUGCGUGUGUGUGUGUGUGUGUGUGUGCGUGUGUGUGUGUCAGUCCCUCCUAAACUUUGCACUUAUGCUGAAUCUGAUUGGUUUAAAGGUGGGGUCAACAGCUGAAUCUUAGCGCCGCGUGGCGAGGCUGGGUGAAAGCCGCCGUGCGUCACGUCGAUCAGCUGAGCCGUCGGUGGCGUGAAAAGGAAAGGCAGCUGUUGGUGACCUUGUCGCCUCACCGUGGCAACCUGAGACCCACCGGCGCUAGUCAAAACACAACCGUCAUUGGUUGACAGUUGCUAUUGGAAUGAACCAUAUCGGUGGCAACAGUUUGAAUUGAAGCCUCAUUGGAGGUUGCGUAUUAUUGGUAACAUUAUGGUAGACCACUAUGUAUUGCUGUAUAUGGGGUGUAUAUUAUCAAUUGUCCAUAUGACUAUUUUUCUUUGCUGGUUGCUUUAGAGUCGAGCUAGCCGGCUGGGGAACAUAGGGUGAGGGCGGGGCUUCCAAAACACUUGGACCUUGUCAUUUUUUAAAGAAAAAAGUAAAAAAAAUAAACAUACUAUAAAAACUCAAA